CACAGCAGGAGGGGCGUCAGUCCAGAACACAAACUUCUCAGAGAACCGCGAGGAAACAUCACAAAGUCGCUCGCGCUCUUCCAGAAUUAACUUUUGGAACUUAUGUCGCUGCCAGAAUAUAACGGAAUACGGAUUCCAGCUCAAUAACAUUUCGUGAACACAUUUAGCGAAUGAUGUUUUUUUGUUUGUUUGUUUUUUACCACGAACAACGGAUUAGUUUAGUAGACAGCUGCCUUUCUUCAUAGUUGUGACGGACAGCAGUGGACGCUUUGCUGGGGAAGGACCUCUUCAGUGUAAACGCCUUUACAUAUGUCUUAAUGGAGGAACAUUUUUAUUGUGCUUAAGCUUUUUUCUUUUAGAGUUUAGUUUUAACCGGUGAAUAUUCACAGCAUAUGCUUGUCUAUUCCAUAUAGAUUUGGUAUAAAACAAAGUUAAUUUCUUUGGUACUUUAAUGAAUAGAUCAGGUGGUAACUGACCGCGUUCAAGUUGGAAAGGAUGGCCGGCGUGGUGCGCACCCUGAGCCGGUGUCUGUUGCCAGCUGAGGCCGCUCAUGAUGACAGGAGUAACGGGAAAGCACGAGACCGCGAUGCGAAGCGACGCAGUCGCGAGAUCGACGCCAUGAUCGCGCGCGAGAGACGCUCGGUGCGGCGUCUGGUGAAGAUCCUGCUGCUGGGCGCCGGAGAGAGCGGCAAAUCCACCUUCCUCAAACAAAUGAGGAUCAUCCACGGGAAAGAGUUUGACCAGAAAGCGCUGCUCGACUUCAGGGACACAAUCUUUGAGAACGUCAUUAAGGGGAUGCGGGUACUGGUGGAUGCCCGAGACAAACUUGGCAUUCCCUGGCAGAACUCUGAGAACGAGAAGCACGGCAUGUUUGUUAUGUCCUUUGAAAAUAAAGCAGGCAUGCCUGUCGAACCCUGCACCUUUCAGCUGUACGUCCCAGCCCUGCAGGCACUCUGGAAUGAUAGUGGCAUUCAAGAAGCCUACGGCCGACGGAGUGAGUUUCAGCUGAGUGAAUCAGUUAAAUAUUUCCUGGACAACUUGGAUUGGAUUGGACAACUGAAUUAUGUACCGAGCCGACAGGACAUCCUGUUGGCCAGGAAGGCCACCAAGGGAAUUGUGGAGCAUGAUUUUGUCAUUAAGAAGAUCCCUUUUAAGAUGGUAGAUGUGGGCGGCCAGCGCUCUCAGAGACAGAAAUGGUUUCAGUGCUUUGACGGCAUCACCUCCAUCCUCUUCAUGGUGUCCUCCAGCGAGUACGACCAGGUGCUGAUGGAAGACCGCCACACCAACCGUUUGGUGGAGUCCAUGAACAUCUUUGAGACCAUAGUCAACAACAAGCUCUUUUCCAAUGUGUCCAUAAUCCUCUUCCUCAACAAGAUGGACCUUCUGGUGGAGAAGGUACGCCAAGUCAACAUUAGCAAAUACUUUUCCGACUUCAGAGGAGACCCUCACCGACUGGAGGACGUGCAGGCCUAUCUUGUGCAAAGCUUCAACCGCAAACGUCGCAACCGCAGCAAGCCACUUUUCCACCACUUCACCACUGCCAUUGACACUGAGAACAUUCGCUUCGUCUUUCAUGCCGUCAAAGACACAAUUCUUCAGGAGAACCUUAAAGACAUAAUGUUGCAGUGACUUUACAGUAAUUUUUUUUAAUCAGUUUUGCCGUUGUUUGAGUCUGUUUCCCAUCCAAUUGCAGGGGGAAAAAAUGCCUUCUGGGUUUCAUUUGAACCUAUUUUGCCUUGACAACUGUGCAGGAGAAACAUCAUGUGUCAGUUAAUCAUGUACUCCAAUAUCCAGUCCUUUAUAUUUGAGACAUGGUGUAUAAAAAUGACAUGAAUCUCUGUGUCCUCAUUCAUUUUAAUGUGUUUUAAAACACCGUGGAUGGUAGAAAAGUCAAGGAAAUUUAAGGGUAUUACAGUUUGUCACAAAGAAAAUAAAGCAGACUGAUAAUUAAUCACCACAGAGAAUUUUCACCUCUUUUCUCAAGGAUAUCUCAAUGCACAAUAACGUUACACUGGCUCAUUUCCCAAAUAACAUCCUAAAUAUCAAUAGCAAACCUGCACUGAACAAAGUAAUUAACAAGUAGUUAAUUUCAUGUCACUAAACAGGUUUAUUUUUAUUUAAUCUAACAUUUAAAUCACAUUUUGCUUCUUCUAUACUUGUGAGUUUAUAGAUGACAUGCAAAAUUCUCAUUAACAACUUAGCAGGGUUUGUGAAUAGCAGCUUUUGUACGUUACCUGUCUUUUCUGCUUUUUAUGUGUUUCUUCAUGUUAAGCUACAAGCUUUGAAGUAUAGAGUAGGGUCAAAUCACUGGUAAUGCCUAACACCACUAACUUAAAUAAUGCAUUAAUGGUAUUCUUUAAAUGUCAUUGUACAGCAAAUGUACCUUAUGAGUAUUCAUAUGAUGUAAAUCCUCUCGAAAUGUAUGUAACCUGUGUAGUUUAUGACUUUACAAGGAGAUUCCAGAGGGAAUCAACCCGAUGCUGUUUGGGGACUGAGUUUUAUUCUCUGGAUCUUGAUGAAUGUGAACAGCUCGGGGGCUUUUGGUUUUAGGUAAUAGUUGUUGGAGGUGGCACAGUUUGGUCCAUUUUCCAGAGAUCUGGUUUUGUCAUCAGUAACUGACUCCCAUUCUCCUCUGAGGACCAGCUGUUUCAAUAACAGUGCAGGUGUCCACUUGUUUUGUGUGAAGGGAAAACUUAAGAUAAGCUAUCAAAUAGUUUUCAAGUUUUAACAAGAGCAUCAAGCCCUUUUCUUGCAUUCUUUCUUGUUUGUGGACUACAAUGGAAACUGUGACACAUUUCUUGCAAAACAGCAUUAACAAUGUCUCUCUGCGCCCUAAAUGUAUUUAAAUUCUGUCCUUCCUCAUAAUCACUGCAGUGCCAUGUUGGCUUACUGAAAUUUGGCAGGAAUUGAGAUAUUAGACACACCCUAAACCUUUGUCCAUGACAGCUCUUCCUAGUGGGAGCAAAACACAUGCAUUUUCUGGCAGAACUCUGGCUCCUCUUGUGCACAUAAAGAAACCGAUUCUUUAAAUUAAGGCUGUGUUUGUCCUUGUUUCCUCUUUUAAGACCAUAAAUCCAUUGGGAGAGUUUGAAAGUUAAACAGCGGAAAAGAAACACAGACACAGUAUGAAGGCUGUUAUAACCCCCAAUCAAGAUAAGCAAAUGGCAUGUAAUUAAUCUGAUAUAAAUUAAAUUUGGAAAAUGAUAAUCAAAGAAACUAUUUCUAAAUUAUUACUUUGUAAUUUACGUUACAAUUGCUGCCCUGGUGUUUUGUCCCUUCCAGGAUCUCAUGAGUGUGACUAUUAACAGAAUGUCUACUUCAACACUCUUUCAGUGUUUUACUGUACUUUUUUUCAACUUUUGCUUCCCUAAAGUUGUAUGUGUCCAGUGAUUGUAAAAAGUGUGAAAUUCCAGACUUCAUUAUGUGUGUUUUGUAUAUAUGACCUGUAUAAAUGCAAUAAAAUGUUGAGUUAUA